ACAGGGAGAUAGAAAUGAAUAGAGCACUGUAGGACAGAAUGAGUGGGUCAGCCAUAUUGCAGUACCGCUGACUUCAGCCGAGGGAGGGGAGUUUUCGAGGCUGCGGCUCGUCAGUGAUUCUAAUAAAAUCACACCUGCUUCUGAGGAGUAUUUCGGAGGAAAAGUCGUCCGCGUUUGGCCCAGAGUAUUGAAAGAAAACUUCACUGAACCUCUGGUGGAACACAUACAGGGAACCGAAUAUGCCAAAGCCGGUCAAUGUCCGAGUCACCACCAUGGAUGCAGAGCUGGAGUUUGCCAUCCAGCCCAACACUACAGGCAAACAGCUCUUUGACCAGGUGGUAAAGACCAUUGGAAUACGUGAAGUGUGGUAUUUUGGACUUCAGUAUAUGGACGGGAAGGGAUACCUCACCUGGCUGAAGCUUGAUAAGAAGGUAUCAGCGCAGGAUGUGAAGAAGGAAAACCCGUUUCAGUUCAAAUUCCGUGCCAAAUUCUUCCCCGAGGACGUUUCCGAGGAGCUGAUCCAGGACAUCACCCAGAAGCUGUUCUUCCUGCAGGUGAAGGAGGGGAUCCUCAGUGACGAGGUCUACUGCCCCCCAGAGACUGCUGUUCUCCUGGCCUCCUAUGCAGUUCAAGCCAAGUAUGGGGACUUCUCUAAGGAAGUUCACAAAUCUGGAUACCUGGCAUCAGACCGUCUUCUACCUCAGCGUGUUCUGGAACAGCACAAGCUUUCCAGAGAACAGUGGGAAGAACGUAUUCAGGUGUGGCAUGAAGAACAUCGUGGAAUGCUGAAGGAAGAUGCCAUGUUGGAAUACCUGAAGAUUGCCCAGGAUUUGGAGAUGUAUGGAGUAAACUACUUUGACAUCAAAAACAAAAAAGGAACAGACCUCUGGCUGGGAGUUGAUGCCCUAGGUCUUAAUAUUUAUGAGAAGGAUGACAAACUGACUCCAAAGAUUGGAUUUCCCUGGAGUGAAAUUAGGAACAUCUCCUUCAAUGACAAGAAGUUUAUUAUAAAACCCAUUGACAAAAAGUCUCCAGACUUUGUGUUCUACGCUCCCCGUCUGCGAAUCAACAAGCGCAUCCUGCAGCUGUGCAUGGGGAAUCAUGAGCUGUACAUGCGCCGCCGUAAGCCUGACACCAUCGAGGUUCAACAGAUGAAGGCCCAGGCCCGUGAGGAGAAGCACCAGAGACAGCUAGAGAGAGCCCAGCUGGAGAACGAGAAGAAGAAAAGGGAGGCCAUAGAAAAGGAGAAGGAGCAGAUGGAGCGGGAGAAGCAGGAGCUGAUGUUAAGGCUGCACCAGUUUGAGGAGAAGACAAGGAAGGCAGAGAAAGACCUGCAGGAGCAGAUGCAGAGGGCCAUGCAGCUGGAGCAUGAGAGGAGGAGGGCGGAGGAGGACGCUGCGCGGCUGGAGGCCGAGCGCCAGGCUGCCCUCCUCGCCAAGGAGGAGCUGGCCAGGCAGGCUGAGGACCAGAUGAAGAGCCAGGAGCAGCUGGCUGCGGAACUGGCAGAAUACACAGCCAGGAUUUCUUUGCUGGAGGAGGCUAAGAAGCGCAAGGAAGAGGAGGCCGACACAUGGCAGCACAGGGCUAAGGAAGCCCAGGAUGACCUGAUGAAGACCAAAGAGGAGCUGCACAUGGUAAUGAGCGCCCCUCCUCCUCCUCCCCCUCCCCCGGUCUACGAGCACGUGGAUGAAAAUGAGCAGGACGACGGGGAGGAGAACAACAGCACAUACAGCGCCGACCUGCAGACCGAGGGCAUCAAUGACCACCGCCAGGAGGAGGAGCGGAUCACAGAGGCCGUGAAAAAUGAGCGCGUGCACAAACAACUGCUGGCUUUAAGUUCAGAGCUUGCCCAGGCCAGAGAUGAUACUAUGAAGACCCAGAACGAUCUGAUCCACACCGAGAACGUGAGGGCUGGCCGCGAUAAGUACAAAACGCUGCGACAGAUCCGGCAAGGCAACACCAAGCAGAGGAUCGACGAGUUUGAGGCUUUGUAAAGCCGUUGAGGGCAGCCACAGGCCCCCAGGAAAGUGCGCAGAUCUCCAACCUUUCUGAUUUCUGAGUGGUCACUGUAGGAGCUUCUCGAACUUCCUAGAUCUGUAACCACUACUCAUCACCAAUCAUCUGCAUUAAGAGAACAAUUUUCCAGUACAAAUGCAAACCAGCUUUGGUGAUAACGGGCACAUAUGGGCUUAUAAUUGAUUGAUUGCACAAUCUUGUGUUGAAAUUUUAUAUCAUUUCGGUGCCAAACCUUGUUUUGCAUAUUUUAGGAACAAUCUAAAUCUUAAUGCUAUAUCUGUUUUUGAUGGGGGUGUUAGUUUUAAAAGUAAUUCACGUUAAAGACAAAUAGUGUGCCAUAAAAUAAGUAGAAUCUGAAAGCUAUUGCUGAGCAGAAGAGCAGCAUUCUGUAAUGUACACAAUGAUGUUCUGUGUGUACUAUAAAUCCAUUGUUUAAUGUCUUUUCAUUGGAUUGAAACUGGAGUUUGAAAAGGGUAAUGUCUUUGCAGAGACCACUCAGAAUAAGAUGAGAAGCAAGCAGUAUAAACCUAUUAUUCAUUACCUAUAUGUGCAAGAGAGUGUACAAGGUUUUUUUUUCCCCAUUAUGUUUGAACACACUUCUAUCCAUAUAUUUAAUAUUGAGAUAACGGAUAAUCAUUAAUAGAUUAGUAUUUAUAUAUGGGUUAUACCAAGAGAAAUAAAUGGGUAUUUCAUCUUGCUUUGUAUAUUUUUGCUAUCUUACUACAAUAUUAAAGCUGUAUAAUAAAGUUCCUCUAUCAACCAAAUUAAUUAUAGUUUUGUUUUACGUAUACUUUAGAUCACUUAAAGAAAUUUGUAAAUUAUUACUUUUUUAAAUAAAAUAUUCAACCUGCAUGUAACUCUUUAUAUACAUUUAGCAAAUUUCUAGUUAGGUUUCUGAUGGUUUUUGCAAUGUAUCAGCGUUUGAGGGGGGGGAAAAAGACUACAAAACUGAAGGCUUCAUAUACUUUUUUUUCACCUUUUUGCACAUGAGUAAUCAUUGUUCAGUAAUGAGAGAGCAAUGCAAAAGACACUUUUGAAAAUCGGAUUUGUACGUCUACCAACACGAAGAGAAAUGAUGCAUAUAGGGAGGAGCGUGUGUACUGACUAAUAGCACUGACAAGCCUUCUUGGAUGUUAGCCGAAAUGCUUUCCCCCUAAUUGAUUCUGUCGUGAAGAUUGAGAAUGACACAAUGCUGUCUUUUCAUCAUGUUUGGCUAAUUUACCCUUUUUGAAAAUGGUGUAGUUACAGAAAAUGUAAGCACUGUCACAAAAGUACAGGCAGCACUGCUUUCCUACUGUACUGUGUUACUUGUAUCUAAACAUGACAAAUGUUUUAAUAAGCUGUUCUUUGAUAUAUUGGCAAUAAAGAUCUGCAAGAAA